AACUGUUCGAGUAGGCUACUUACACUUAAUUCGAGUUCUUACCGUGGCUGCCACAAUUGGCAUAGGAAAAUCGAAUUUUGGUUUUCUUCUCAAGCGUUAUGCGAUUCGGCGAAUGCGCAACUGGGGCGUUUGAGACCCCUCAUGUUCAUGUCAACAAGGGCGGAGUGAAAGUGGCCGGCCCCCCCAAAAAAAGAACAGAUUUCUGUAAACUACUUCAAUAUUACGCAACUUAUUUUGUGCUUUGUACCCAAGAAUACAACUAGCCAGCAUAACUGUGGCCAAGUUAAACGUCGAACUUUCACCAAAUAUCAGACUUGAAAAUGGCUGUAUCAGUGUCCAGAGAUUUGUCAGUCACUGUGGGCGAGGACAUUGUUGCUGAUAAACUUGCAGACAGACAAGCUUUGUUGCAAAAUCUCGAGAAAAGUCAAUCCAAAGCUCUGGGGGUCUCCCAGUUGAUGCUGGGACUACUUGUCAUGAUGAACUCCAUCCCACUCUUGUUUACUGACUGCACUGAGAUUUUAACUUUUGGAGUGCCCUUGUGGAGUGGCUUUGUGUUUGUCAUUGCAGGGUGUUUUGCCAUAAUGCUAGAAAAAUUCAUCAGCAGAAAAUAUCUCUUCUCCUGUGUGGCCAUGUCAGCGGCAGCCGCGCUGACAUCUGCCGUUGCCCUAAUCAUCUACCUCACUGACAUCACCAAGCACCCAACAAAAUAUUGUGCUUCUCAUGAAUUGUGUUCGGACGAACAUUAUGCCACGUUGUUAAGUACCGGUUUAAAGACAUCCCUGGCAUGCUACACCACCGUCCAAACCGUCAUCUCUAUUAUCCUGACACUUACUUUGUACAAAGCAAGGAAGCACCUUGACAUUUAUGAGAGAAUCAACAGAUAAGGUGUCACAGAACAGCUAAGGUGGUCACAUCAAGAAAUCUACUGGUCCACAUUAUGUUCUAUAUGUGUAAAUACAUUUUACAACACUUUUUAUAACUCUAAAGUUAGUUUUUGUUACUGGUAUUAUGUUACUGUUCAUCUUUGCUUUCACUGGAAAUUCAUAUUUCUAGCUGUUGUUAUAGUUGUUGCCUUAUAUAUCACUUGGUAUACUGUAGCUUGUAUAUCACUUGGCAUACUUUGCUCUCAGUGAUGAUGUAGCAGGUUGUUUACCCUUCAGAGCUACCAAAAAUGUUCAUCAUCCACCCCCUAGAGGGGCAUAGAGGGAAUUGGCCAUAUCUCACAUCACUUAAAAGGCACUGAGGUACUUUAAAUUCGAAAACCACAGCAGUAUUUAUCAGAUGCAAAGAAACAUUUAAACAAGGAAAAAAUCGGUAACACUUUACUUGGCGGGUGAGUUCAUAACACAUUCAUAGCAGCUGUCAUGAACUGCACAUAACACAUUCAUUACUGUUUCAUGAGGCAUGACUCAACAUUCAUACCAAAGCUUUCAUGAACAUGGAAGACAGAACAACAACUUGUCAACAUAGAAGUCCCACAAUCACAAAACAGUUUUAACUUUUAUUGAUGUGAUCAGCGAUUAGUGUGGUGAAUGUAUUCAAAAAAAGUAUUAUAUGGUUCACUUCAUAUUUACAUAAUUUAGUAAGAUAUCAGAGUUUAGGGUUUAAGGGUCACAGGCUAUUUACCCUACCUAAA